AUGUUUGGAAGAGCACCUCCGAAAAGUAAUAACACGAAGUACUAUGAAGUCCUUGGAGUACAAAAGAAUGCUUCUCCAGAAGAAUUGAAAAAGGCGUAUAGGAAGGCUGCGAUUAAGCAUCAUCCUGAUAAGGGUGGAGAUCCAGAAAAGUUCAAGGAGCUGGGACAGGUUUACGAGGUUCUGAGUGACCCAGAGAAACGUGAACUUUAUGAUGAGUAUGGUGAAGAUGCACUUAAAAAUAAUGGUGGAGGUGGUGGUGAGAGUCCCUUUGAUAUCUUCGAGCGUUUCUUCAAGAGACAGAAUGGCGGCCCAGGAGGAAAAAGGAAGGGAGAAGAUGCUGUGCAUGCCUUGAAGGUAUCUCUGGAGGAUCUUUACAAUGGCACUACGAAGAAACUGUCCCUCUCCCGCAAUGUGAUUUGCACCAAGUGUACUGGCAAGGGCGCGAAAUCUGGUGCUUCAAUGAAGUGGUGUUCUGGUUGCCAAGGUUCUGGUAAGAAAGUAUCUUAUAGGCAAAUAGGUCCUGGAAUGGCCCAGCAGAUGCAUCAUCCAUGUAAUGAGUGUAAGGGUACAGGAGAAACCAUCAGCCAGAAGGACCGCUGCCCUCAAUGCAAAGGUGACAAGGUUGUCAACGAGAAGAAGGUGCUGGAAGUGCAUGUUGAGAAGGGAAUGCAGAACGGACAGAAAAUCAAAUUCCGUGGACAGGCCGAUGAAGCUCCAGACACUGACACAGGGGAUAUAGUCUUUGUGGUGACACAGAAGGCUCAUCCCAAGUUUAAGAGACAGGGUGAUGAUUUGUUUGUGGAGCACAAAUUGUCCCUGACCGAAGCCCUCUGCGGAUUUCAGUUUGCACUGACCCACCUUGAUGGUAGACAACUCCUCAUCAAGACUAACCCUGGGGAAGUCAUCAAGCCUGAUUCAGCCAAGGCAGUAAACGAUGAAGGGAUGCCCAUGUAUGGGAGAUCAUUCAUGAAGGGUAAAUUGUAUAUCCAAUUCAAUGUGGAAUUCCCUGGGUCGUUGACAGGGGAGCAGUCCAAAGCAUUGGAAGGUGUCCUACCACCAAGGAAAUCGCCACAGCUGAAAGACACGAAAAUCGAUGAGUGUGAGGAGACUACUCUUCAUGAUGUGCGCAUUGAGGAGGAAAUGGCGAGGAAACAAGCUCAAACUCGAGAGGCACAUGAUGAAGAUGAUGAUAUGCAUGGUGGUGGUCAUCCAGGGGUCCAGUGCGCACAGCAGUAG